AUGGUGAUUUGUGAUGUGGCAGUGGUGGAUUCGAUGACAAUAAUGGUGGAUUCGAUGGCGGAUCACAAGGUACCAGCUAACAAAACACGAAAGAUGAAGCUAGUGGUGCUUAUUUUGGUAACCAUGUUAGUGUGUUCUUCUCGGGUUGUUCAAGGAAGAACACAGAAAAACAUGGUUGUUCAUCCAGAUAGCUACGUGGACAACCACCAUAAUAUUCCACGACAGAACUACAAUUCGCAGGGUGGUAGCAGCGGAGGAGAUGCCGGUGGUGAUACUGAUAAUGGAAGCGGAUGAGACGAGUUUCUUUAAAGAUGCUUUGUGAGGAAAUGCUUAAUGUUUAUAUGGGUUGAAUCUAUGUGUGCUAUCAAGUGUAUGGGUGGUGAUUUAUAUAUGUUUAUCUCUACUUAUUGCAAGUUUUAUGUCUUAAUAUUAUGAGUGCACUAUGUAUCUAGAGGAUGAACAAAAUAUCUAUAUAUUUAUAUAUUGUGAGAUACGAGUGCAUUACAUGUAAAUACUAAGAUUUGGAGAUUCUCACGACGAGAGUGUGUUGAUGUGUGUCAGUGUGUGUAUAUAUGA